AUGGAUCGUCUCCCGAACGAGCUGCUCACUCACACCCUUUCUUACCUUGAGGUUGUAAACCUCGCCUCCGUGGCACUCGUCAAUCGUCGGUCCUACGAAGUUGUCUCCGGUCUCAUCUUCUCCCAAGCUGUGGCUCAAGACCACUGGCUCCGGACAACCCCAACGGGCUGGCAUUCGCCUUGCCCUACCGUCAAAGAAAUCCCCCUCGCAUAUACUCUACGAAUCGCCCGUCUAGGAAAUGUCACCUGCCUACGCCGCCUUGUGGCUGCUGGCGCACAUCUGGGUCAUUUUUUUGCACCCGUCUGCGGACAUACCGUCUUCCAGCGCCGCGACGAUGCUUAUCUACCACCAAUCACAACUCCUCUGCAUGUCGCUGCUACCACCGGCCAUGUCGAAGCCGUCCGCUACCUUAUAUCACUCUCCGAACACCCCGGAAGAUCUAAUGCUCGCGUUCAAGUCGAUGCAAUGGCCUUUUUCUCAUGCCUCUGUCCCUCGUCUCAUCUACGCAUCAUCAAUCACAAGGAGUGCCAUAACUUGUCAUGGGCCAAAGACAUACCUUCGGCGACACCACUCCACUCAGCCCUCGCCCAUGGCGCCAGCGAUGAUAUGAUCCUUCUUCUCCUGACCCGUGGCAAAGCCGUCUGGGAUCUCCCUUUGGCGGUUUCUCGAGGUGUUACUGCCUUCCACAUCAUGGCCGCCAACGGUCGCACAACCCUCCUCAACGCCAUGGCCAAUCUCGGCCUGCGCGGUCGUGACUGGCCAGACCGCCGAGGAUACCGCUCGCUCCACUACGCUGCCUGCGCGUCUUUCACCGGACACGACAAGAAGAGGGCAACCGAGGCCCUCGUCGCUUCUCUUAUUCGCAUCGGUGCCACUCCAGACCCAUCGGACCCUUGGCCUGCCUCUCACAUUCGACGCCCCUACGGCCUCGUGUUUAAUUACAUUCAAAACUUUGAGCGGACGGUAAACGAAACAGGUGCAAUCAAACCGUCUCCCACCGCUGCCAGGAUCUGGCUACCAACUGAUUGGCAAAUGCCUGGUGGAGCAGUAGUGGAUAUCAAGAUUGAAGUCUUUCUUGAUCUCCCGCCAGCUCCGAGGCUUUUUAUUCACGCCUUCUUGAUGGACAAUGAUACACUGGCCAAAUUAUUUCUCACUGUUGACUGA